UAAUCCAUUGCGUGGGUUGCAGGGCCCCACCACAACCCGCAUGAGCACCUGCGGCACAUUGCUUCUUUUCCUUUUCCUCACGUUGAUUUGUCUUCUAUAGAUCUCGAUCUCACACCAUUUAAUCAUCGUCCCUUUAAAAUUUUACACCAUGCACAAAUUCAUACAUGUUGAAAUAGGACGAGAAGCGUUAUCUUUUACUUUUAAUAAUCCCCUCUUCUUCUUCUUUAUCUUUACCUUUCCCUUUAACCCACCCUCUUCUGUUCUUUCUUUGUCCUCAAGCUUCUCGAUGUCGAUGCUCCGGAGAUGCGCUCACACGCUAUUAAUGACCGCCAUGCGCACACUCCAUGCUCCAUCACUACUUGGCUUCAUCGUUCGUCGUCGUCAUCAUCAUUCAUCAUGUUUCCUUGCAGCAGCGUCGUCGAGCUCCUCUGCCGCCUGAUCAAGGGCUUGGACGCCGUCGCAGUGGUUGAGUCGCCGGAGGCCUCGUCGUCGACGUUGCAGGCCUGCAAGCUCAAGGAGAUCAAGUGCCAACUGGAGCGCCUGCAGCUCAAACUCAUCAAAGAGAUGUACUGCAAGGAGGACAACGCCAUGGAGCAGCUCCGCCACCUCGCCGGCUGCCUCGACGAGCUGGCAGCCGCCGCCGGCCAGGACAGCCAAUGCGGCUUUUCGACGCUCAAAUCGCUCGAGAAAGUCGAAGCUGCCGUCCACAGAACCCUCAAUGUGGUGGCCGACAAAGAUCUUUACACGCUGUGCGGAAGUGAAAACGAAAGAAAAGAAGGACCAUGGGGACCUCGUUUAGGCUUCGAUUGGGACAUUGGAUCCUUUCACGACAUCAAAACCCUCAACGUGAGCGCAGACGACCGCAUCAACUCCAUUCAGAUAGAAUACAAUUUCGACUGUAGAAAAUACAAGACGCCGAGAAUCGGAGGCGAAGGCGGUACUCUCCAUCAGAUUGAGCUCGGGGAGAACGAGCACAUCACGUCGAUUCGAGGAACUUACGACACGAUCAGUUUAACCAAACUGGAAAUCGUGACGAAUAAGAAUUCCUAUUCGUUCGGAAAAGGCUGCGGUGGAUCGGUCUUCCCUCCUUGCCAACUUCCAUGCGACUGCAAAGUCGUAGGGUUCUUUGGAAGGGCAGCGUCUCAUGUCAACGCCAUCGGCGUCUACUUGGAAAAAACCGACGACAGCCCCAACAAGAGACUCUGUGCCAGCUGUUUGUGCCAAUCUGGGACGAUGCCAAUCUCCAAGUACUCGCCUUGCCAUGUUUGCUCUUGAUCAGAAAGUUUAAUUUAUUAUCGCUUUACUAUAGUUUUAUUUGUACCUCACUGGUCGAGUGAGAUCUCUACUGAAACAUUCAGUAAGCUGUUUCAGUGAGAGAUUAUAACUGUCGGUCCUUCGAUGCAACAAAAUUAUAUAUUUCAGCAAUCA